UCUAUUUCCGUUCCAACAACUUUAUUUCAAUCAUGACGCUUGGUCUGACCGAACCAUUUCCUCCAUAUGAUUUAACUAACUUGGCACAAAAGAAUUCUAAAGUAUGUGUUGUGUCCAUUAUUGGGAAAAGCAGAUACAGUGCUUUCUCUUCAAAAGCCAGUUUACUGAAUCCUUCCAUUGGCAAAGAUGUUUUUAAGAGUUUGGAUGAAUCGUUCAUCAAUGGUAUUGCUGAGGAUGAAAUAGAAUACUACUACGAUACAUCAAAUCAUGUAGUCUACCUCCAUUACAGUUCAUUGCUUGACAGCUACCGUUUGGCAACCUUGUGCCAAAAGCUGGACACUGAUGUUGCACAGCAGGAUUUUCACACCAUCUGGGAGACGGAAGAAUUCCAUCAUGCUAAAACCUGGCUCCUCUUAUUCUGCGUUUCUCAUAUUGUUCUGUUGGUUCACCCUGGCAGUUCCUUUGAUACGAGCUUUAUCCGGAUUUUCCGGAUCUUGGAUACUCUCAGGGUCCAGUUAUUAAGUGUGAUGAGCGAACAGCUGCAAGGGCUCCACAUUUCUAAGGAAUGGUACCUGAGUGCCCGGCCGUGUUCACCUCGGGUGCUGUUUGUCUUCCAGACCACACUGCUUGAUAUUUCAACCGAAGACAAUGAUAUGAAACCUCGAUCUCAGCGUAACCCUCCACUGAAACGACUGCAGCAUGCUAUGGAGGAUCAGAUUUAUCGUCUGCUGAGGAAGUCUCGUGUGAUCACAAAUAUCAGCAACAAUUCCCUGUUUGCCGUGCCAGCCAACCAAGAGUUUGUGUUCAUCAACAGCCGAAGAUCCGACAGCAGUGAUCCUGUCGCCUACUUCCUCCUGCAGCUACGAAACACCCACACAGUAAAUAAAGAUGGAGAACCCAUGAAAGGUAAAAGCUAUCAAACGAGUCGUCGCACCAACCAAGGUAGUCCCGGUCGUACUGACAACCUCAGCCAUACCACAUCUCUCAAUAAAUGUUCAUCGUCUGAUAACAGCUUUCACGACUUCCUUUGGCCUCAUAUUGAGCUGGCAUUCAAUAAAGGUUUUGAUGACAAUGUCGGUAAAAGGCAAGUGCCAGCAUUGUUCGAGAUGGCCACAGCUAGCACUUGGUUUACCUUGGCAUCAAAGCUUUACCAAUUAUAUUUUAAUGAACUGUCAGAUACCAAAGCUCAAAGCUUCUUCAAUAAGAUGAGGACCAAGCUUGAUGUAGACAUUAGAUUUUCAGAGAAUCGUUGUAACAAAGUACUGCCUGUUGCAGAGACUGCAUACCAAGAAGGCCUACCAACCCACUACACAAAUAGCUACCAUCUCUCCAAGUUCAACCAAGCCAAGAGGGUUUUUGCUCAGUAUGCUCGAGGUGCUGCAUAUAAGAAAUACCUGUGUCAGUUGGAAGAGGCUUGCGAGAAGUGGUGGAAGAGUGGGAGGCAGUUGUGUGAAGAGAUCAGUCUAACCGGACAGCACUGUGUGAACCCGUUACAUCGACUUCCCGAUGCCAUUGAAACUGAGGAGAACAAGCACCUCCCUGUCAUGUAUCACUCUAGCCAGCUGAAGACAAAAGCUGCCUGCAACUGUGGACGGAAACAGGCUGACAAAGAAGACCCCUUCAACCAUGAGGCAGCAAAUUUUGAAUUCUAUGACAGUAUGGAGAAAAGCUGCUGUUGCAGUUUGCAACAUGUUGAUCUACCGGUGUUUAAACCAGGGACCGACAGCUUUCAACCAUCUCCUCUUGUCAAACCCAGCAACGUCAAUCUUCGAGAAGGUUCUAAAAGCGACAUCACACACGGAAUUGGAAACCUCAGCUUAGCACUAAGUCUUGGUCAGUCAGGAAGCAGUGAUCUUUUUGCAUCCACUAAUAUGAAUACAGAGAGUCUUGCUGAAGCCAGCAACAGCCACCCACAAGAGAUCCGUUUAACACAGCCAGAAGUCGAGCGAGUAUUUGACCGUCAACAUUCAACAACAGAAUAUCUACCUGAUAUGAUUAACUCAGACUCUCCAUCUGGACUGUUGCCUAAGUUUUCAUCAUGGUCACUGUGUGCCCUGGGCAAGACCAGCUCCUAUGUCCACUCUCAAGGUUUGGACCUUCCUGGUUUUUUCCACGGCAGUAAUUUCCUAUUGCCCUGGGAUAUCUCGCUGCGUAUGGAGAAAGACAAAUGGCCUGGUCUGGGAGAAGCAAACAAAAAGACCAAACAAAAAAGGAUUCAAAAAGAGUCUGGUGAAGUGAAUGUUCGUGUAUACAUUGGUGUUGAAUAUGAAUGCCCACGAGGCCACAGAUUCUUCAGCAGCGGCCCAGACAAACUAGUUAAAAUGUCCAGUUCCAGUAACGUGAAGGAUAACGCCCACAAGUUGUUAACAUCAGACAUGCCACUGUUUUGUUCGUGUCCCUGUCGUACCAAAGGUCACAUGGCUCAACUGAUGCGUGUGUAUGCUGCACCCCCUGAAUGUCCAAUAACAGUGACCCUGAACCCAGUCGUGCAACCAGCUCACCCACACCACGGUCCAAACUUCUACCCGGGCAAUGACGAUCCUAUAAAGCUAUCACCUGGUAACAUCUGGGUCCUCCGUUUACCUCACAUCUACGUCGGUAAUGGUCAUGUGCACUCCAAACCUAAUGACUUCAACCAACAGAAUUUAGGCUGCCUUAACAAGGGGAUAUUUGGCUACCAACACAUCAUGGACACUUGAGAGAAAGAAAAAAACAUCGAAUAAGUCCAAACAACACUAACAAAAGUGAAAGACAA